CUGAGGUGUCGCUAUCAAGAAUCAGUUGUCCGGGCGGCGUGGAUACUGCUCGUGUGUCGUGUCUUUCUCGUGUUUGUGGGUGCGCAUGUGUGCGUGUAUCUCGUCCGCUGCAGCAGCUCUUCCAAAAUAAGUAAAUAGAUCCGAAGAUGGUGCCCGUUUGGCAAGCUUGAGAGUGUGAGAUGCCGCGCAAGACGAGGCGUAAAAUCAAGCGGCCCCAAGCCGCCCAGGCGACGACGUAAUUAUUCAGGCUGCACGUCGUCGUCGCCCACCACCAGCUAUCUACCUAGCAAAUACUUUGCACCUAUACCUACCUCCGGCGCACGAUAAGAAAAAAUCGCCAAAAUGGUCGUCGGCGAGGCGAGCAUCCAUAACAUUAUGGGUGGCAUGGAGAGCACCGGCGGUGUGCGUCUCCAUAACCACAGACGCAAAUUAAAGCAAAGGUUCGACAUUAUCAAAAAAUUGGGCCAAGGCACUUAUGGCAAAGUACAGCUGGGAAUCAACAAAGAGACCGGCCAAGAAGUUGCGAUCAAAACCAUCAAGAAGUGCAAGAUCGAGACCGAGGCUGACCUCAUUAGGAUACGCAGGGAGAUUCAAAUCAUGUCCAGCGUUCAGCACCCGAACAUCAUUCACAUUUACGAAGUGUUCGAGAAUCGGGAGAAGAUGGUGCUAGUGAUGGAAUACGCAGCCGGUGGCGAGCUUUACGAUUACUUGAGCGAGCGUAAAGUGCUGACGGAGGAAGAAGCGCGACGAAUAUUCCGCCAGAUAGCCACGGCGGUGUUCUACUGCCACAAGCAUAAGAUCUGCCAUCGUGACCUCAAACUCGAAAACAUCUUGCUCGAUCAGAAUCGCAACGCCAAGAUUGCCGAUUUUGGUUUGUCGAAUGUCUUCGACGAGCGACGAUUACUCAGCACAUUCUGCGGUAGUCCACUUUACGCCAGUCCGGAGAUCGUUAAAGGUACUCCGUAUCAUGGACCUGAGGUGGAUUGCUGGAGUCUUGGUGUAUUGCUUUAUACUCUUGUCUAUGGUGCCAUGCCCUUCGAUGGAUCCAAUUUCAAAAGACUAGUCAAACAGAUAUCCUCGUCGGACUAUUUCGAACCUAAGAAAAAGUCGCCCGCAUCACCGCUUAUAAAAGAAAUCCUGACGGUAUGCCCGAGACGGCGAGCGGACAUCGAGAAGAUCUGCACGCACUGGUGGGUAAACGAGGGCUACGAGCAGAAUUGUCUCGACAUAGCAGAAGAUCUCGCGGCUGAAACUCCUGUGCGUCUUGAUCUAUUACUUUCUCUCGUACCUCCAUCGGCGAGUGCAGAAAAACUGGUGGUAGGUGAUCAAUCAUCUCAACCAGCACCCUCUGACAUCACCAAUAGCCUUUCCAGUGAGACGCUUGUACCGACAAGAUCACAGUCGGUCGGUAGUCUUAUGGAACUCGAACAGAAUGACAGACGAAUUAGAGAGAUGAUCGAAGAAGAGGCUGUUGCUGUCGCUGCUGCACUGAUUCCUCCACCGAGUGGAAGCGAAGCCAAGAGGAAGCUUGAGACAACGCCGUCUAUGGAUGAGACGAAUGCGGCGGGUGCUAAAAAGAAGGAGCGUACCAGGAGAAAAGAGGGAACUGAUGAUAGAGAUCCCAGAGCAUACAGAUCUGCCUCUAAGCAUCAUUCUGCGCCGCUGCCGAACUCUAUACUCGAGGAGGCAAUGGAAGUAGAUCCUGCUGUGAUCGUAUCAGUUCCUACAAGUAAGACUGUCGAUAUAAAAAAAGUAGAAGACUCUGCGUCUUGUCUAGAAGUAAAAGAAGAGGAAGAACAGGAGGCGUUAAGGAAGAAAGUACCAUGCAAAGAACAAAGUAAAACCGUUAUUUCACAGCCACAUCAAAGUAUGACAACCGAGGACACAGUGAUUGCAAAUAAUAAAAACGAAAGCGUCGCAGAGAAGUCAAACGAAGUCGUAUCAUCGCCGUUUAUUGAAAAGAUCAACGAAAUCGAAGGUAAACCAGAAGCGCAAGCUCUAAUCGUCGAGGAAACAAAGUCUGAUGUGCCAAAGCAGAAGAGCUCAGCAAAGCAAAUUCCUGAACCAAAAGUAGAAGACAUAACACAAGUACAACCUAAAGAAACGAAAAAACUAAGGAAUAAAGCUCUCUCCCUCGACUCGGAAAUAAUCUCAGCCGAAGCGAUACCCAAAGUAUCGACCGAACGCCGAAGAUCAAAAAUUUUCGAGACUGCCGAGAAAUUCAAUCAAUUAUUGUCACCAACGACUACCGAACCCGAGAAACCUAAAAAGAUCUUUAUCCCUGGUGUAAACGUUGGUGGUGCAAAAGCUGCUUUUGAAAGAAAAGCUAGUUUGUCCUCGGCGACUUCGGUACCUCAAAUUAUUAAAUCUCCUCCGGUAUCCAAAGUUAUUAUUGACGUGCCAAGUUUCGAGAAAAAACCAGAAAAUGAGAAAAAAGAUACUUCAGAACCUGACAAAGAGCGAGAUAAGAAACGCGAAGAAGAGAAAAAGCGCGCUGUGGAUAUAAUCACAGGAGCUCUUGGCAAACCACCUAUGCAGAGAAGAAUGAGCGGAUCACCACCAGUAUCGCCACAAAGUAUCGAUCCCAAGAAACAACUUGGACUUAAGAUACCUCUUGGCCCGAAUGACUUGAGGAAUGCCACGGUAACCGUGACAACGCCGACGGAAACUAAAUUUGAGUUCGAAGCAACAAAACCAGAGUUGCAAGCUAAAGCCGUAUCAGUAAGCUCAGAAGUAACAAACCAUGACGCUUUUAAUCCCAUAAUUGAUGAACCAAAGAAAUGCAGCAAGUUGGAAAUCACGCUGAAGAGUGCGACGUUGCCGCGGCCACGCAAGACAAGCAAAGCCGAAAUAACCCUGUCGAACGUGCGACCAGUAGAUGGCGGCUUUCGCUCUGAGGUCGAAGCCAAGAUUGAUGCGUUCGAGCCGCAAAAAUUACGCACCCAACGCUCUGAAGUGGCCUUUCCCGUGGCGGCUGUUGUACCACAAACUCAUCGAAGCUCCAGUCUCGAACCCGAAAGUAGUCGUAACAAUUCCUUCAAAGAACGCAUUAUACCGAUCCAAGUCGAGCCGAUUCCACAAACAGCUACUGUACACUCGACGACACCACCACCCAAGCCACCAUUAGCUCAGCGAUCCUUGUCCCAGCGUUCGAGUUCAUUAUCGAGACAAUCGACCAAUGACUCUGAUACGGACAGCGCGCUAGGAUCCGCGAUGGGUCCAGAGCCUAUUAGAAAAAGUCCGAGGGAAUAUAUUAUACCAAUAGCCGUCGAAGGCGGUGGUUAUGUCACACCGAGAUCAGGUAGCGUCGAACCUGAGAACAAGAACAGUACGCCCACCAGUAUAAAUCCUCCGAGGUCAAGAUUUGUGAGACCCAGACGAAUGGGAUCACUACUAUCGGAUGCUAGCGAAGACGAGUCACCGUUCUCUUCGCUUCACAGAGAUAAUGACGAUCUCCUUCAGAGACAUAUGCACCGUCUGAGAAGUUCGCGACCAUCAAGACAGCCACCUGAGCACGCCGACAGUUUAUCGUCCGGUGAAGACGACGAUGACGACGGCUUCGAGUUGUUGACAGCUGAGAAUUUAUUUUCUACACUUCUGUCACGAGUGAGGAGUUUGACGCAAAGACUUAAUGUAGAUGAUAAUAGGGGCGCUGGCUUCCCGAAUAGCAGGCUACUUGGUAGAAUGGGAUCGAAUUCACCUCAAAGUUUCUGGAACAUGCACGAGCCGUUAUCGAGCUACGAGAGCCAGUUUCACAGUGAAACUAUAAUAGAACGGAUAUCAGACUCGCAAUUUAGGCGCUCAAUGAGCCGAGAGAACAACGACCGUUUCAGUCGCAAGGACUCGAGCGGAUCAAUGAGUUCUCAACAAAAUAGUUCCGGAGCACGCACGCCUUCACGCGAUAGUCUCUUCGAAAUGGGCAACAAUACCUUGCCGAGAGUGAAAUCCCAUCAACGAAGUUCGGAGCCAACGUCAAUGCCAUCAACAACAUCUUUAUCGCCAUCGUCCAUACCACCGCUAAAUGAUCCAAAGAGUCCGGAAUCUCUCGACCAAACACUCGCACGUCGGCUGAGUCGUCAGUUCAUCGAGCAAACUCGUCAAACCCUACCACGUUCGCCUUCACUACCACGCGAACGAGCUUUCCGAGUAAACGACGACGCACUAGAACGCUACCGUAGUCGCUCGCACGACCGCGCUUACGUAGGUAUGCGCCGAGCCAACAGUUUGCUCGAGACAGGCUCUGGACACGAGAGGCGAUCGCCAAGAAGGAGUAUUAGUUUGUUCGACGAUGAGGAUAAAUAUCUGCCACCUUUGCCUCGUCGCAAGCUCACCACCACCGUUGCCCCGAUCGUCGUCGAGAAAAUACAAGAGGAACAGCCCGACGAGGUGAUCCAACCUGUUCAGCAUCAAAUACCUAGGAUCGUGAAGAACGAUGACUUCGACGACACCUCGCUGUCUGAGGCACCGUCGUUUUCAGUGUCCAAUUGUUUCGAGACGACUUCCAGUCGAUCGGCCAUUUCAGGCGAAACUUCACCAACUGAAUCCACCUCCAACGUUUUGGACUACAGCUCGUCUUACAAGAGUGCCUCCACCAAGGAUCUGCACAAUCGAUUAUUGGCCGUUGAGAAUCUGAUAAAAGAGUCGAAGAUGAAGAAUCUCGGCCUUUCCAAGUACAAUCCCAAUCUCAGCUCGAACUACAAGGAUCUGGACAAGUGCGACAAGGAGUCGUUAAGUGCCAUCUCUGACACCGCCAGUGCUGCAAUUGCCAAGCGUCGCAGCUGCAUUCCGAGUCUUCGCUUUCGCUCGGGAUCACUCACUCGUGAUAGCUCGCUCAGUCGUGAAAGGAGCAGCAAACCCGAGGACACUUUGAGCAUGCAUGCACUCACGCCCGAACGCUCCUUAUUGAGCAAGUUCUUCCGCAGUAGCAGCAGCCGAGACGUCGAAAUCAAGGACAAAGAUAAGGACAAGGACAAGAGCGAAAAGCCCAAACCACGUAGAAUUUCCAGGUUCUUGAGGCCUGACUUCUUCGAUACGCCACGCGAGGAAAGCCAGUACGUAAAGGAGAAGGAAGCGCAGAAAGCCGCGGAAAACGAGCGACGCAAAUCGAGGUUUAUGAGGAGGAAAGCUCAAUUGGCUGGUAAGCCUUCCGAGGAUAAAUCGAUUGAAGAUGAACAGUUGGAAAAGCAAUUGAAGAACGAAGUGAAUUUGCUCACGAAAGGUAAAGCUGAGACGUCGAGCAAGGAGCCGGACGAGACUUCGCACGAGAAGCCCAGUAUCAAGAGCAGCUUCUUGCAGACUCUCGAGAGAAAGCUUGAAAAGUUCAGAUCCGGCGACGAUUCUGCGUUCAAAGCAAACAGCGCUAAGCCGCCGAUUGCACUAGAUAAUAAAGCCCAGACCAAGCAUAAUGUGGAGAGUAAUGUCCAGGUGGUCAAAGACAGAGAAAAUUCUGUGCAACCAGCCGAGAAUUCGAGGUCGCCAGUCGAACCUACAGAAUCGACAAAGAAAACUACGAGCGUGGAAGAUCUAUCAACGAGUAGCAGCGCGUCCGCGCCACUUCCAAAGAGCAAAGUCAACUCGGUCCUAGGCCUCUUCAAGAAUAACGAACAAAGCGGAACACCACGCAGCCAAGGACAAACGAUUUUGAGUAGACUCAGAAAGAAUGCUUACAAGGGCUCGCGAUCGGACACAGUUUUGAGUCCCGAUGCAAAUGGCACUGCUACCAGUAAAAUUCCCACCAAGUUUGCUAGUAAGAAAAUCGCCGAGGCCAAGAAAUCACCGGAAAAGUCAACGCUUGGCUUCAAACGAUCGCCAUCGAAAGACAAAGAAACCACUCCGCCAAAGAGAGUCAGUCCCGAGACGAAGAAACCCACAAUGGAAAGAUUGUCCAAAUCGCUGAAGAAGAGUCCUGAGAAACUGCUUAAAGGUAAGACAGAGAAGUCGCCGGAAAAAAGCUUUGUCAAAAAAAACAGUUCGCCGGAGAAGGCUAAAUCGCCAGAGAGGAUCAUCGACAACAAGCAAAGCGAGGAAACGAAUGGAGACAAUGGAUCUAAGCUCAAGAAGAAGAUUGUCACCUCGACGACAACUUCGUCAGAGAAUAGCUCGAAGUCUGAUAAAGUCGAAACGGGAAAGAAAGUUAAGAAAGUCGUCAAGACUAAAGAGGCUAUUGGCAAGGACAAGGAGAAAGAUGGAUCGGAUAAUACGAAGAAGAAGAAGAUAGUAAGAGUCGUUAGGAAAGUUGUUAAGAAGUCGUCCGAUACGUCGGACAGCAAGUCGGAUGAUAAAGAGAAGCUUGCAAAGACUGUGGUUAAGAAGACAGUUGUCGCAAAAAAAGAUAAAACUCCAGAGACGAUUAUAUCAGCGAAUAAUCUCCAGAAAAACGGUCCUGAUCGUCAAGCUGCUGUUCAAAACGAGAUGGUUCCUGAAUCGAAAGUUGAAAAAGACUUUGUCGAAAGCCACACUAAUAAGAGCACUGAUAAAUGCAAAGACAUGGAAGCUGAAAAUUCUGAGCCAAAAACGUCCAAGUUACUCAAUAAUAUUGCCCCCGCGAAAAUAGUUAUAGAUCAAAAACCAAACAGAGAAAAAUUGAAACUCGAGCUUUCGCGGAUUCCACAACAUACCUUCCGAAACAUAACGCCACCUAGAAGAGAAUCGCCAAAGAGCGAAACACCGAAAAGCGAAAUAGGAGGAGAAAUACCGAAACUAGUAUGGAGAAGUCAAUCGGACGAUACUUCAAGUAAAUUGUCGGACAAUCUAUCGAAGAUGACCCAUCGGGCGACGAUCGCCAGAAACAAGAUUGUUAUUGACAAACCACUUCGACAAAGAGAUAUUGCGGAUUUAAAAAUCGAAAGUCACACCAGCGAUUCGGAAAUGAAAUUAUAUGAAGAAAACCACGUAGAAAUACCCAAAAGCUCCCCAAGUGAAAUUCCCAAAGAGACCGAGCCAGCGGAAAGUUUGAAAGAGGACAAGAACAAUGUAGAAGACAUGAAAGAUGCACCAUCUUCUAAAGAUCUCGCGAGCACUGACGACCUGUUAUCUCCUACAGAAGAUACCGAAAGCUUUGACUCAUGGUCGAUCUGUUCAGCCGACAUAAAUCACACGAGAAACGAUCUGCACUCGCCAACGUCGCCUUCUUACUCGUCAUUAUACCGUCGAGAUUCAGCCGAACCCAGUCCUACCAAUGAAUCAGUUCUCGAGCGCAUUCGACGCAAGAGCUUUUACUGCAGGUUCAAUGACAGAAAGCGAAAAACUUCUCUAAACGCAUCGCCGGCCGGUGUUAACAUAUCGUCAAGUUUGACACUGCCGAGAAAAUUUAGCUUCCAAAAUCCAAGGGAAUCUGGGACAAAACAGGAACAGAGCAGUAAUAAGUCUAAGUCGAAUAACUUUACGCUAGCAGAAAGGAGAAAUUCAGAAAAGAAGUCGUAUAGCUUGUAUAAUGACGAACUACCGCCGAUAAGUCAUCGAAAGUCGCCAAUUGAGUUAACACCGAUGAGUCAUCGAAAGUCUCCCAUCGAGCUACCACCGAUAAUUCAUCGAAAGUCACCGAUUGACUUACCAGCCAUGAGUCAUCACAAGUCGCCAAUCGAGAGGGACAGGUACUCCGACGGCGGCAGUACUGUAUCUUCGUACUCGAACGAGCACAAGUCACCCAGUCAAUCGUACAGUCAAAUUUCCUCGCCCUCGUACGAUCCACUCCGGAAGUAUCUGUCGCCCACGUUUGACUCGAGUCCCGCUCGCCGAAAGUAUCACAGUACUGAGUUCAGCACCAACAGCGAUUUGGUACCUUACAAAAACUCAUCGCUGAGCGAUGCUCGGCUGGAACCUAGGACAAUCAGCAGCACACUUCCGAGAAGAUUCGGCUCCAGCAUGUCGGGACCAAAGACUGUCGAGUACUUCGAGGAGCUUUUAGCGCCAAACAAUACCGAUUACCUCGGUGGACGCAGGUUUUCGCCGCUUCCGCAUGAGCACUAUACCACUGGCAAGUACGAGAAUGGUUAUUAUAAUGGCAGCAUCGACUUAUCGCAGUUCAGCGCCGAGAAAUGGAAGAGUCAAGCGACAAGACCUGAUCUCAUCGAUGGCUUGCAAGCUGAAAGUCGUGUUAGGAAAGUUAGUCAAUGCAUCAGUGAACCCGAUGAUCUAUCGACGUCUUUGGAUCUUCGAGCAACAACGUCCACUGCCCAGUGAUAUGCGUUUAAAUCAUCUUUUGAACUAUCUUAAGCUAGGAAAUUUCUAUAAAAGUGUACCACAGUCACAUAGAUUAUUGUACUGCAGUUCUUAAUCCGACUAGUCACUCUCAGAGAUUAAUAUUCGUACGACGCCGUGGUACAAUAAUCCAAUCAAAAUAACGGUGUACUUACAAAUGGAACAAUCAUAUUUUUUAACACAAAGUCAAUAGGUGCCAAAGAGCUGUAUAAGAAUUAUAAGCAAUUCAGCGAGCAGUAGACAAUUUAACGGAUCAUAAGUAUAUAAUAUAUAGGGUUUUUAUAAUAUCGACGAAACGGAGCAUAUACACAACGAAAUGUUUAAUAAGAUUUGUAAUAACUGUGAGGACAAUGUAAAUGAAACUUUGUAAAAAUAUAUAUGAAGAUAGUAUGAAUGAAAGCUAUUGCCAGAUCUUUUGAGUGUUCUUCAUGUUUUAUUCGAACGAUUUUUUUAAAGCAAUUUACUUCAUUACUGUGUUUCAAAUAUGUCUUAUUUGCUUGAUUUUUUUUAUGGUACCAACUGCCACACUUAGUUUUUGUAUAAAUGCAAAGGCCUAUUCAAUUUUAUUCUAUUUGUGAAUAUAUAACAAGAUUCUGGCAUGUAGAACAAUAUUUAUAAAAUAUAGGCUUACGUAUUUCUAAUAUUAAAGAAAAUUCAAAAUUUGUAAUGAAAGGUUUUUUGGCUCCAGAAAUUAUAGAAAUAUAAUAAACUUGGUAGUCAAUUUAUUAUUGAUAAAUAAUACAUUUCUGAGCUAUAUUAAGAGCUUCUUAAUACAAGUUCAAAUGGUUUAUUCUACAAAAUUUUUAGAAAAAGAAAAAAUACUUCCAGUUCCUGUUAUGGGUAUUGCCUUGUAGUUACACGCUUUUGUGAAAAAUAGAAUUGGAAGUAAAAGUUUAUUUACUGUUCUAAUUCUUGUUAAUAUUUAAGUGAUCUUCCGCAUGUUAAGUACUGUGUUUUCUAUUGAUAUACAAAUU